AUGUUUACUUCUUUCAUGUCGUGGGCUGCCUUCCCGAGGCAAUCCGCACGGGACUCGACGGGUGAAACAAAGACCGACCUCGUCCACCUCGCGCCCCCGUUUGCCGUUCAGCUCGUCAGGCAGAAAAACUAUGGUCCGCUUGAAUCCAAAAAGUAUUUCAUCCCAGUCCAGGGCACUACUGGCGACUUUGUCGAGGUGGUCGAGGAUGACUUGAUUCAAGCCAAUUUCCAGAAACUCAACACGUACAAGAACUACAAGUGCGAGGUUCACGACAAAUUCUACGAGGUCAACAUUUAUCAGAAGGACCCGGUGAAUAAGCAUCACUGGCGGGCGACGUUGGCGAGACCGGCUCGUGAUAUUGACCUAGGCCAAUGA